AUGGAUGAAUUUUGGAUUGAGAAAAAAGUUGAGUUACCCGAGGAUUUAUUAAAUGUUGGACCUGUUCCAAUCUCCGUUAAUGAAAAUAAACUUGGGGAAAGAGAUCGUGUCUAUCAUGAGCGAUUUUCUACAAAUGUGAAUGGAAUAAUUGAUUCAUGGAAAAAUUCACAAUAA